AUGAAUUCUGAGAUUGCUCGUUUAGAAGAAUUAAAAUAAGCAGAAAUUCAUAUAAUAGGUGUAUGAAUAGAAAGUAAGAAUGUUGGAUUGAAAAGUAUAGAUAAAUAACUUAAAUACAAAGUUGCAAUUCUUGACAAAGGAAGUGAAUAAGAAGGAUUAAGAGAUAAUGCAAUAUAGUUAAUAUAAUUAAGGAAUAAAUAAGAUAAAGAAUGAGUAAAGUUAAAAGGAUUUAGAAGCUGAGAAGCAAUAUUAGAAGGAAUAUUUAUAAGCAUUAUAAUAAGAGAAGGAUAAGGAAGUAAUAAAGUGAAAAAAUCAAUAUGCAUAAGAUUGUUAGAAUUUAUUAAGAAAUAGAGAUAAGAUAAUUGACAAUUAAGUGGUGAGUUGCAAUAACAUAGAUAAAAGUCUUUGAAGUAUAUGGACAAUUAAAAAAUUCUAUAUUUAUCAUAAAUUCUAGAUUUGUCUAGUGAAUUUAUAAUUAUUAUUGUGAUUAUAAGUAUGAUAAUAUAUCUGAAUUAUAAAAGAUUUUCUUUGUAUAAAUUUAAAUUGAAAUUUAGUAAAAAAUUCAGAAAUAAAUAAUCAAAAAUGAAUAGAAGAAGAUAAUAUUAGUAAUUUAACAAUUCUUAUGAGAGAGUUUAAGAGAUAAAAAAAAAGAUUUAAAAGACUUAAAUUCCUGAAUAUCUACCAUACCCUUGGCCAUCAACGUAAAUAAAUUAUAAUAAAGAGAAAGGUACAUUUACAACAUAUUGUUGAACUUGAAUUCUAUGUAAUCAUCUCUAAAUAUACCUAUGUAUUUAAAGUUGGCAAAGACAAAGAAAACUAGAAAUUGGUUUGAUGAUAUUCCGAUUUUGGUUGGUGUAGAUGAAAUAACAUAAUCAGAGUAAAUAUAUUAUAUAUUAGAAUAUGCGCAAUAUGUUUAUAAGAGAUAAAUGACGAAAAAUUAAUAAAUAUUCUAAACUGUAAUCAUUAUUUUCAUAAUGAAUGCAUAAAAGAAUGGGUAUUAAUAAAAGCAGAAUGUCCAACAUGUAGGGAUAUAAUUCAUUAAUGA